AAUGUCAAAUGUAAUCGGUAUAUCUAACUCUUAUUUCGUUAUUAUUGUUUAUAUCACAACAGCCACAAUGAGCGCCUUAAAAUUAAUGUACAAAUUAUAUGCCAACGCUGGUAGAAGUAGUUUAGCAGGCGCCACACGUUUGCUACGUCCUGCACACAGUCCUGUUCAACGUCAUUACCAUUUGCUGGCCAUAACAGCUUUACCAAAUAAUAAAUACACGUGCCUGCAGCGCGCUUCCUUCAGCGAUAAACUUGAGGUGAAAAAUCAAGAUGAGCACAAUAAGCGCGUUGCCACCAAUAGUAUACCAUUGGCUGAGCUGCAGACCAAGAUGCAGCUAAUCUAUACGUGCAAAGUGUGCCAGACCCGAAAUAUGGAGACCAUAUCAAAGGUGGCCUAUAAUAAAGGUGUCGUUAUUGUCACCUGCAAGGGCUGUGCGAAUCAUCAUCUAAUCGCCGACAAUCUUAACUGGUUCACCGAUCUCAAUGGCAAACGGAACAUUGAGGAAAUACUGGCCGAGAAGGGAGAAUACGUUACAAAAAUUGUCAGUGAUAGACAUGAAUAUUUGCCAAAUAAUUAAAGAAGAUGACAAUAGA